CUGCAAAUGGUUCUCUUCUUCCUUUAAGCUCAAUCUCGCCACUAUAAGUCUCAAUCGGGAAACAUCUCCAUCUUCUUCGGAGAAUAAUCGGAUCCGUAAAUCGUGAUUUUGAAAAGAGAGAGAAGAAUCAAUCAAUGGAGGAAGAUAAAGCUUCUGCUGCACAGAGCUUAAUCGAUGUAGUUAACGAGAUUGCUACAAUUUCCGAUUAUCGUAUUACGGUGAAGAAGAUUUGUUAUAAUCUAGCGAGGAGAUUGAAGCUGCUUGUUCCUAUGUUUGAGGAAAUUAAAGAGAGUAACGAACCGAUCAGCGAAGAUACGUUGAGGACUUUGAUGAAUUUGAAGGAAGCUAUGUGUUCAGCGAAGGAUUAUCUCAAAUUUUGUAGCCAAGGGAGCAAGAUUUAUCUGGUGAUGGAGAGGGAACAAGUGACAAGUAAAUUGAUGGAGGUGUCUGUUAAGUUAGAACAAUCUUUGAGCCAGAUUCCGUAUGAGGAUCUCGAUAUAUCGGAUGAAGUUAGAGAACAGGUUGAGCUGGUCCUCAGCCAGUUUCGGCGGGCUAAAGGAAGAGUAGAUGUGUCAGACGAUGAACUAUAUGAAGAUCUUCAGUCGCUGUGCAACAAAAGUAGUGAUGUAGAUGCUUGUCAGCCUGCCUUGGAGCGGGUUGCGAAGAAGUUACAGUUGAUGGAGAUUCCUGACCUAGCUCAAGAAUCAGUGGCUCUGCACGAAGUGGUUGCUUCAAGUGGCGGAGACGCUGGUGAAAACAUUGAGGAGAUGGCAAUGGUACUAAAGAUGAUUAAGGAUUUUGUGCAGACGGAGGAUGACAACGGCGAGGAGCCGAAAGUAGGAGUUAACUCGAGAAGCAAUGGACAAACUUCUACGGCAGCGAGUCAGAAAAUACCCGUGAUUCCUGAUGAUUUCCGUUGUCCGAUAUCGCUGGAAAUGAUGAGAGAUCCAGUUAUUGUUUCAUCAGGGCAGACCUACGAACGCACCUGCAUUGAGAAGUGGAUAGAAGGUGGACACUCAACAUGUCCAAAAACACAGCAGGCGCUAACAAGCACAACCCUCACACCAAACUAUGUUCUCCGUAGUCUCAUAGCUCAGUGGUGCGAGGCCAACGAUAUUGAGCCUCCAAAGCCUCCAAGCAGUUUAAGACCCAGAAAAGUAUCGUCCUUCUCGUCUCCAGCAGAAGCAAACAAGAUUGAAGAUCUUAUGUGGAGACUCGCGUACGGAAACCCCGAGGACCAACGAUCUGCAGCUGGGGAAAUCCGCCUUCUUGCAAAACGAAAUGCAGACAACCGUGUGGCCAUAGCUGAAGCUGGAGCCAUACCUCUUCUCGUAGGCCUCCUCUCAACUCCUGAUUCUCGUAUCCAAGAACAUUCAGUAACAGCUCUUCUAAACCUCUCCAUAUGUGAGAACAACAAAGGAGCCAUUGUUUCAGCUGGAGCUAUUCCUGGUAUAGUUCAAGUGCUCAAGAAAGGAAGCAUGGAGGCCAGAGAGAAUGCGGCGGCUACACUGUUCAGUCUUUCAGUGAUUGAUGAAAACAAAGUGACUAUCGGUGCCUUGGGAGCAAUUCCGCCGCUCGUUGUAUUACUUAAUGAAGGUACACAAAGAGGCAAGAAAGAUGCUGCUACUGCACUCUUUAACCUCUGUAUAUACCAAGGAAACAAAGGGAAAGCCAUACGUGCAGGAGUGAUUCCCACGUUGACUAGACUCUUGACAGAGCCCGGAAGCGGAAUGGUCGAUGAGGCACUCGCGAUUUUGGCGAUUCUCUCUAGCCACCCCGAAGGGAAAGCAAUCAUAGGAUCCUCUGAUGCAGUCCCAAGUCUGGUUGAGUUUAUCAGAACUGGCUCGCCUAGAAACAGAGAAAACGCAGCUGCGGUUCUAGUCCACCUCUGUUCUGGAGACCCACAACAUCUUGUCGAAGCGCAGAAACUCGGCCUUAUGGGUCCAUUGAUAGAUUUAGCUGGAAAUGGGACGGAUAGAGGGAAACGAAAAGCAGCUCAGUUGCUUGAACGCAUUAGCCGUCUCGCUGAACAGCAGAAGGAAACGGCUCAGUCACAACCCGAAGAAGAAGCUGAACCAACACAUUCAGUAUCCACCACAGAAGCUGCAGAUACUUAAAGAUUGUCUUUGUUUUGGGUCCUCUGGUCAUCUCUUUCACGUACGUCUGUGUAUUAUUCUCACUUUUUUUUUUCCGCUACUCGGUCCUCCCUCGAGGUAGGCUUCACGGUAGAGGGGGAAGAGGAAAAUGGCCUCCUUCUCCGAUCUACUUUUAACUUUAUGGUGAUAUCUUUGUGUGGACGGAGCAAUCUGGUCCACAGGAGAGAAAAGCAAAUAUGCAUACAUACACGUCAACUUGUAUCAUUGUAACACUAUGUUUGUAAUCAUUUCCACGAGCUUUUUUGUUUUCAAUACAAGAUCUCUCUGUUUGCUUUCUUAAUAACACUAGCAUUAAGGAGAUAUUGCUUGAAUAUAAUGCAGAUUCCGAU